CUUGCCAGUCUACUUAUCGAGUACUGACUAGUUGUCUAUUCAACACUCAAUCGCCCUUUUUCACAUUUGACCCUUUGAAAUGGCGACCACACAAGAGAAACUCAUCAGCAACAUCACCAAGGAACUAGACAAUGACGCAAAGGUCAAAGUUGCUGCUGUCGAUAUUGACGGUGUCCUACGUGGUAAAGUCAUGCAGAAGUCCAAGUUUCUAAGCAUCCUCAAGGAUGGCUUCGGGUUUUGCUCGGUCAUAUUUGGAUGGGAUAUACAUGACAAGGUGUACAUGACGGGUGUUGAGUUCAGCGAUGAGGAUUCUGGGUUCUCCGAUCUGGUGGCCAAGGUUGACCUCAACAGCUUUAGACGUAUACCGUGGGAGAACAAUCUCGCCUUUUUCUUGGUAGAGUUAUUUCAUCCAAAGACGCUCGACCCACUCUAUUGCUGCCCGAGAUCAACGCUGCGACAAGUCACCAAGAAGUUGGAAGAGGAUGGACUCACAGCAUACUGUGGUGUUGAAUUUGAAUUUUUCAAUUUUAAAGAAACUCCGGAAAGUCUGGUUGAGAAAAAUUAUGUUGGGCUGACCCCACUAACACAAGGCAUGUUUGGCUAUUCAUUAUUACGUCCAACACAAAAUCAGCAAUUCUAUGACGAGGCCUAUGAUUUGCUUCGAGAUUUCAAAGUUGACAUUGAGGGAUGGCACACAGAGACGGGACCUGGUGUAUUUGAGGCAGCACUAGCUUACAAUAAUGCCAUGGAGUCGGCCGAUCGAGCUGUCCUGUUUAAAACAUCCAUAAAGCAACUAGCCAUUAAUCAUGGUUUCAUUGCAUCGUUCAUGGCCAAGCCGUGGAAUGAUCUUCCGGGGUGCUCAGGUCACAUCCAUUUCAGCUUGAAAGACACAGAUGGCAAUAACGUCUUCGUACCAGAGGACAAGUCCAGCAAAGAUGGAAUGAGCCAGACCAUGAAGCAUUUCGUAGCAGGUAUUCUUCUAGGCUUGCCAAGCAUACUUGCCGUUCUUGCACCUACAGUCAACAGUUACAAGCGCCUUGUCGAAAAUUACUGGGCUCCUGUUACUGUAAGUUGGGGUAUCGACAACAGACUCGGAGCCAUUCGAGUCAUUAUUCCACCAUCAUGCUCCAAAUCAGCGACCAGAAUAGAAAUGAGAGUUAGUGGAGCCGAUAUUAAUGCUCACUUGGCAAUUGCCGCUGUAUUAGCUUGCGGCCAUUGGGGUAUUCGCAAUAAGAAAGAAAUUCCAAUUGCUCCAAUUGGCGGUGAUGCAGCAGCUGACAACGCAACCGGAACAAGACUGGCUCGAACUCUUCAAGAAGCUUACGAACAAAUGUCUCAACCUGAUUCUGUUGCGAGACAAGUGCUUGGCGACUCUUUUGUUGACCACUAUGCGAAAGUCAAGCAGCACGAAUGGCGACUCUGGCAAACAGCUGUCACUGACUUUGAGACGAAAAGAUACCUGGAACUUAUUUAAUGCAUUGUUUAACUUGCAAGGUAGUUUAAUAGCUAUGGUUUCAUUUGAUAAUGUAGUCUUAGUGUAGUUCAUUUUCUUUAUUUUUUGAUAUUUUUGGCCAAAUGCGAUGCUUGCCAUAUGGAAGCUUUGUUCACUUUGCAUCUUGCAAUUUUAGCCUGAACAUCAAAAUCAGGGUACUAUGUUUACGAUAACAUUAAAUUAUAAUCUACUUGAACAAGC